AUGGGGUAUACAACCUUUUGGAGGCGGUUAUCCCCACGCCAACUCAAUGUUGGGAUUCAGGCUCUUUCUCUCGUUUGCAUAUUCUUCGAGGGAUAUGAUCAAGGUGUCAUGGGAGGUGUCAACAGCUCUCCCAGAUACGUUACAGAGGUUGGAAUUGGCGAACCGGAUGGCACAGUAACCGACACUACCCACCAGGGAGGCAUCGUCAGCAUCUACUACCUUGGAUGCAUUUUCGGUUGUUUCGGAGGUGGCUGGCUGGCUGAUCGCUUAGGCCGUAUCAAUGGCCUGCUGGCCGGUUCGUUGCUUGCACUUGUGGGAGGUGCUUUGCAAGCUGCGGCUCAGAGUUCAGAUUUCAUGCUCGUCGCCAGGGUGGUGACAGGAGUUGGCACUGGUGCAUUGACUGGCAUAGCACCAGUACUGGUGUCAGAGACAUCAACAGCUGAUCACCGCGGUGCCUUCCUAGGAUAUGUUUUCAUUGCAAACUAUCUAGGAAUAUCCGUCGCAUACUGGCUGUCAUUUGGUCUUGCUUUCAUCAAUAACGGCUAUUCGGAUAUUCGCUGGCGCUUUUUGUUGGCGUUUCAGUGCGUUCCAGCACUCAUACUACUCUUGUUCAUCAAGAUGCUUCCGGAUAGUCCGCGGUUCCUGGCAUCUGUCGGCCGUUAUGACGAAGCUCAGCAGGUCCUCAACAAGAUCCGUUGUCAUAAAUGCAGCCAAUCAGAAAUUGACCUUGAAUACAAGGAAAUAAUUGCGACAGUGCAAGAGGGCAAACCAAGCUCGCCCCUUCAGUUCGCAAAAAUAUUGAUUGGAAAAGGAGGAAACCCCGGCUCCAAUCUGGGGCGACGAGCCUGGCUGUGUAUAUGGCUCCAGAUCAUGGGCUCUUGGACUGGAAUUACGGCUGUUACGGCAUACUCUCCUGUUCUGCUUGGGCAAGCGGGUUACAGCGAGCUGACUCAAAACGGCCUUGCUGGAGGAUUGAAUACGAUCGGUAUCCUAGGCACUCUUAUCAGUACGCAGAUCGUAGAUCGCAUCGGAAGGCGAAAAUGUUUAAUGCUUGGGUCUCUUGUCUUAUUCGUCGUUGAGCUGGUGGCGGGAUCUGUUUAUGAGGCGUCCCUUCAUCAGCCAGAGAAAGCCAGUCAGUUUGCACCUGCUGCUGUUGCGAUGUUGUUCCUGUUCAACUUGGGAUAUGCCGCGACCUGGGGAACCGUCGCUUUCUUGAUACCCACCGAGAUAUUUCCCUCCGACCUCCGGGCUCAAGGUAAUGGCUUUGGUAUUACCGGCUGGGCUAUUGGUGUUGGAAUGACCACACUAGUUAAUCCGAUCAUGUUUGCAAGUAUCGGGAGCCGCAGCUACUUCCUUCUUGCUGGAUUGAACCUUUUGUGGGUUCCGACUAUUUUCCUGUUCUACCCAGAAACCCGCAAUCGGUCUCUAGAGUCCAUUGACUACCUGUUCUCGACCUCAAGUCCAUUUUAUUGGGAUAUGGAGAGGGCAUUUCAGUCGUGCAUGGAUGGGAAGGUAGAGAAGCAUAUCGAUGAGCAGGCCGUAAAAGUUGCGGGCCAGGAUGAAGCCCAACAGGAAUUUCACGAAACCAUUCAGCAGAGAGUGUAAAGUAAGGGGACCUGGUGACGUGUGAAAGAAUUGCCAGAUGAUGUUCUCGGAAGAGCUUCCUUCACAGCAAUUCAGCGGUAUGGAUAAUAUAUAUGGAGAAUAAAAACAACAUUCAAG